AUGAGUCCAACUAUGAGCAUAGACAUGGAUGACCAGAAGACCGGCAUCGAGAAGACCGAUGCCCUCGGAGCCAUGCAUCACGAGGAGCCCCCGAUGCCCGUUGUUGCUCAGGGCAAUGCCGUCAACCCUUUCCUUAUCUUUGCCUGCGUAACGUUUGCCGCGGCAUCGUUCCUCUUCGGAUACGACGACAAGGUCAUCUCGCCAAUCAUCGCACUGAAGCCAUUUGUCGAGAAAUAUCAAGGAGUCAACGAGGCAACAGGCGAAUUCGUUUUCACAGCACGCAACCAGUCGCUGCUCCUCUCCAUUCCUCUGGUCGGGUCCAUCAUCGGCGCCCUGCUCGCAUAUCCGCUGAACAACUUACUCGGGCGGAAAUGGCCUCUUCUCAUUGCCUACAUCAUCUCAAUCGGCGGCACCCUCCUUCAGAUCUUCUCCCCGAAUCUUGGCGCCUUCGUCGGCGGCCGGUCCAUCGUCGCCAUCUCGAUGGGUAUUGCCAAUGCAACCGCUCCUCUGUACCUCUCUGAAGUGGUCCCGGUCGCCAUUCGCGGCCGUGUCGUCGCUUGUAUCAACAUCAUGAACCUGCUCUCUGGCGUCGUGGCCACGUGUGUCGUUUUUGCCACAAGCGAGCGCACCGACAAGCUGUCUUACGAGGUUCCCCUGGCCGUCCAGUGCGCGCUGCCCGGCCUUCUCAUCCCGCCCACCAUGAUCCUGCCCGAGUCUCCUCAGUGGCUCAUCGGCAAGGAUAAGUUUGAGCAGGCUCUUGCCGCCCUGCGCAAGCUCCGUGGCAACUCCGACGCCGAGGUUGCCGAUGAGUUGCGCGUCAUGAAACUCUGCCAGGAUAACGAGCGGUCCCUCACCAACGACGUCUCCUUCUGGAACAUCUUCGACAAGCAGAAUAUUAAGCGUACCAUCACUGCUGGCUCCUUUUUCUCCUUCAACCAGAUCUCCGGCGUCUUCCUUUCCACGACCUACGCCACUGUGUUCCUGCAGGACAUCAACGUCGCCUCUCCCUUCGCCCUUACGAUCAUCGCCGCGUGCUGCACCCUUGCUGGCUGCUGCGUCGCUCCCCUGGUCAUCGAGAGGCUUGGUCGUCGCCCGCUCGCCAUGUCCGGCAUGGGCAUGCUCUUCAUUCUGGACGUCAUUGCUGGUGGCCUGGCCUUCCGCAUCUCAGAGCCCUCUUACGCCGUCGGUGUUGCAGCCUGUUCCUUCAUGUUCAACUUCUUCUGGGGCGCAUCCUUCUACUCCCUGUCCAACGUCAUGCCCUCCGAAAUUCCUACGACGAAGUUGCGAAGCUACACCAUGUCUUAUACUAUCGCGUGGGCCCAGACUACAGCGGUCAUCACGACCGUUGUCGUGCCGCAGAUAACUGCCGCAGACGCAGGUGGCCUCGGUGCUAAGACAUAUCUUGUCUUUGCUGGCUGUAUGCUGGGAGUCAUCACCUUUGUCUACUUCCUGCUCCCCGAGACGAGAGGCAGAACUUUCGCCGAAAUUGACGAGAUGUACGACGCCAAGAUUCCGAUGUGGAAGUGGAGGAAUUACGAAACAUCAACGACCGCGAAGACGGCCAAAAAGAUCGAGAUCUAG